UCCAACUUUAGCCAAUCAUAGUACUUCUGACAUUGUACAGGAAGACUGAUCUUUCCCUAGCAACAGGACAGCUACCUGCGUUGUUGCAGUCCUACCGCAUCAGGUAACACGGUCGUCGGGUACUUACAUAUCAUUUAAAGAAAAUCAUUAAAAUAAAAAAAAGCAUGGCCACUGAAGUUCGUCCUACUACCCGUUUCCAGCCACCUGACUGGUUUACCAACAGUUAUGCAAUAUCUACCAAUGCUGAGCGUCAGCGCAGUGCCUCACAUGAAGUACGACAGGAAAGUCGCUUUCUGCGCAAUGAAACAGAUUCACAGACAAAGUGGGACCAGUAUUCUAACAAUGUGCGCUUGGCUGACCGCAUUGAUCACAUCCGCAAGUGGAAGGAAAUUCUGGAGAAGACACUUGCAGACCUGGACAAAGAAAUUGCUGACCUUUCGGAGGCCAAAGAACUGACAGAGAUUUCUCUGGAGGCUAAAAACAUCCCCACUGAUGCCAACAUUGAAUGUCUGACACUGCGUGAGGGGCGCCAACACAUCGAUGUAGUUCAGGAUGAAGUUGAGAACCAGCUGCAUAAGGAAAAGGAAGUAAUUGAGGGCAUCAAAAGAGCUCUACAGCAGCGGAUUGGCGAGGCCUUUGAACAGCUGUGUCUGCUGCAGGAGGCACGCCAGCAGGUCCAGGCUGAUUUGCAGGACAAAAACAUUGCCCUCGGCAUCGACAUUGAUCAAUAUAACCUCAGUGACCGUUCACCCCUGAUCAGCUAUAAACCAGAUAGCCUUCGAGUGCCCAAAGGGACCACAACUCCUCAGCAGUGGGAGGACUUCAGCCGCUACAAUAAAGAGCGUGCUGAUGCAGAGAUGUUGGCAUCUACUCGGCUAAGGGAGGCUAUCCACCACACUCUUCAUCAAACGACUAAUGACCUGGAAGCCCAAAAAACUGCCACAGAGUAUGCCUACCGCAAAAGAAUUCAUGAAUUUCAGCGAGCUAAAGAUGAAUUGGAGUGGCAGAAAAAACUGACUUUGGAUGAAAUUGCUCAAAUGGAGAAUGACAUUCGAGGGAUAGAAGAAGCCAUCCGUGCCAAAAUCAACCCUACAAAGCUUGCAGAAACACGUCUGGAGAACAGAACCUACCGUCCUAAUGUGGAGCUUUGUCGCGAUGCACCGCAGUAUGGGUUGACAGAUGAGGUCAAACAGCUUCAGGCCACCAAGAAGGCAUUAGAGGAGAAACUCAGACAGGCACAACAUGCCUUGGAUGGACUGCAAAAGAACGUACACCGCAUCAAUGAUGACCUUACUGACAAGAAUAAUUCCCUUAUGCUGGACAACCACUGCAUGGAUGUGCGCCAGAAGAUGAACAUCAAACCUCAGACAUCAACUGAUCGCAACCUGAACAUUGCUGGGGUUGAAAGACAAAGAGUCACAGUCCUGGCUUAAGGGUUUUUUUCAUUAGCCUUUUUCCUGCUGCUUAGAAUACUUUCUGUGUACUAUUUGUAAUGGCCAUAGAAAAUUGUCCUUCCUAGUAUUGUUAAAAAAAAGAAAAUUCCAUGUCAGUACAAAAGACAUCAGAAUUGAUAUUUUGUUAUGCAAGAACAUAUGGGGUUGACUUAAACUGCUUAGUAUAAAUUUUGUAAAGUAAUGAAAGUUGUAAAUAACUACAGACAGUACAUGAUAACUGUCACAUAUUGUCUUGAAGUACAAAUCUUAAUUUCAAAAAAAUAUUGCUCAUGAACUUGUAGAUUUUAAAUAAGUCUGGAUUUACAUAAAAAAAUGCUUUCUUAGAUUUGGACACAAUAACUAGUCUUUCCAUAACGGCACUUGCAUAUAGUGUAUACAAGAAACAGCUAGCUAGUGUGAUUACUGCAGAAAACAAUUCAGCAUGUAAAUUUGCAGUUAUUUUCUACUCCUGUUUUCUAUUCCUUAUUAAUCUUCAUAAUGGAGGGAUUUUUGUGUUCAUGGACACUUCUCUAGCGGCAGUAAUGGACUAACUGCAGUGUGUUAACCCAGGUGGAUUUUGUCACAUUCACGCAUCCAGAAUAGUUAUUUUGAUUGGUAACCAGUUACUGUUUUCAAGAUAAGUAGCACUGUCAGUUGGAUUUCUGUUAAUGGUUCAGGAAGUAUUGCUCGUGGUCAUCCCAUCUACCAUAUUAUGUCCACCAACCACUCACUUUUACACUUUUGUAACAUUUAUGUAGUUAUUUCAGUCACUCCAACUGUUCACAUUUUUCUUUCAAUUGUGAAGUGAUAUAGGUGUGAAAAUACAGAAAAUUUUAAUAAAGCAAUCCAUGAUGAGAAGAGACUUUAUAAGCAAACUGGCUGUAAAUGUAUAAGGGCUAAAAGUUCUAGACAUAUUCCCAGUUAAAGACAAUGAUAAUCUCAAAACUUUUCUACUUGAGAACGACAAAUGUAUUGCAUGAGGAGGUGAUAGUCAUCUCAAUGCCAAGUCCGUCAAGACUAACCACGGAGAAAAAAAACCAGAAAGGUUAUAUGUUUAUGUGUGGAUAUAUAUACACACACACACAAUUGGUCAAAUGGAUCAGAAAGAAUCAGACGUUUAAGUCUUACAAAUAUAGAAAAAAGAAUAAGAAUACAAGGACUUGUAGUCUACAUGUUAUCAGUAUUAUAUGUGUAUGUUGUGUUUAAGAAUCCCAACAUGUAAUUGUAGCAAUCUUCUGUGGUUUGGAUGCACAAAUUCCUUGUAAAACCUCUACAUAUGGAGCUUUUGCAAUAACUUGCAAUGAUGGCGUUUUGCUAAUGUGAUAGCUUAUACUGCUGGUGUCAGUGUUGAUCUCUAAUAAUAAUAAAAAGUAUUUUGUGGAUGACUUGA